AGCGGGGAGUCACGGCUUUGAAAGGGGCGAGGAGGAAGAUAAUUACCUCGCCUAACUCCGCCGCACCCUGAGCCCCCUGGGUUUGCUUCGCUAUUGCCGGGAGCGUGUGAAGACGAGACCCAAGUGCCGCCUCUCUCAGACAUCGACGGGCUAGCGAGGGACGGCCCGGGCCCAGCCCCGUGCCUGGCGAAGUUGCCUUCAACCGCGGACCGGUGCCACCCGCCUCACUUUGCCGGGGUUGUUUUCUUGACUUGGCUUUGGAUAGAACGGACUUCGCUGUCUCCGCACCCUGAAAGUUGCCCGAGCGCUCCCCGCGGCGAGGAGGAGGAGGGCGGCGCGCCCUGCGCCUCCCCGGGGCCGAGGCCGGUGGGCCCGGCUGGUCUGCAGCGGGCGGUGAUGAUGUGCGGCUGGGGGAAGCUCACCCUGUCCCUGGGGCUGCUGCUGGCGAUGGCGGGCGCGGUGGCGCCGCAGCCGUGCCCGGCGCAGUGCUCCUGCUCGGGGAGCACCGUGGACUGUCACGGGCUGGCGCUGCGCGGCGUCCCGAGGAACAUCCCCCGCAACACCGAGAGGCUGGAUCUUAAUGGAAAUAACAUCACAAGAAUCACGAAGACUGACUUUGCUGGUCUAAGGCACCUUCGAGUUCUUCAGCUCAUGGAGAACAAGAUUAGUACUAUUGAGAGAGGAGCAUUCCAGGAUUUAAAAGAACUGGAGAGGCUGCGCCUAAACAGAAAUAACCUCCAGUUGCUUUCUGAACUGCUCUUUCUGGGGACACCGAAGUUAUACAGGCUUGAUCUUAGUGAAAAUCAGAUUCAAGCAAUACCAAGGAAGGCAUUCCGAGGAGCAGUAGACAUAAAAAAUCUGCAACUGGAUUACAACCAGAUCAGCUGUAUUGAAGAUGGGGCAUUUAGGGCUCUGCGUGACCUGGAAGUGCUCACUCUCAACAAUAACAACAUCACUCGACUGUCUGUGGCAAGUUUCAACCAUAUGCCCAAACUCAGAACAUUCCGCCUUCACUCCAACAACCUGUACUGCGAUUGCCACCUGGCCUGGCUGUCGGACUGGCUGCGGCAGCGGCCGCGGGUCGGGCUCUACACGCAGUGCAUGGGGCCCUCGCACCUCCGCGGCCACAACGUAGCCGAGGUCCAGAAGCGCGAAUUUGUCUGCAGCGAUGAGGAAGAAGGUCACCAGUCCUUUAUGGCUCCAUCCUGCAGUGUCUUGCACUGCCCUACUGCAUGCACCUGUAGUAACAACAUUGUGGACUGUCGUGGGAAAGGCCUUACUGAGAUCCCAACGAACCUUCCAGAAACCAUUACUGAAAUACGCUUGGAACAAAAUUCAAUUAAGGUCAUACCUCCUGGAGCUUUCUCCCCCUAUAAAAAGCUUCGAAGAAUUGACCUGAGUAAUAACCAGAUCUCUGAAGCAGCUCCAGAUGCUUUCCAGGGCUUACGUUCACUCAAUUCACUAGUCCUCUAUGGCAAUAAAAUCACAGAACUUCCAAAGGGCCUGUUUGAAGGACUCUUUUCUCUGCAACUGCUAUUACUGAAUGCCAACAAGAUCAAUUGUCUGCGAGUUGAUGCAUUUCAAGAUCUGCACAACUUGAAUCUUCUUUCUUUGUAUGACAACAAGCUUCAGACCAUUGCAAAAGGCACCUUCUCACCCCUGCGUGCGAUUCAGACCUUGCAUUUGGCUCAGAACCCAUUUAUCUGUGACUGCCAUCUGAAGUGGCUGGCGGAUUAUCUUCACACAAACCCCAUUGAGACCAGUGGUGCCCGUUGCACCAGCCCCCGCCGUCUGGCAAACAAAAGGAUCGGCCAGAUCAAAAGCAAGAAAUUCCGCUGCUCAGCUAAAGAACAGUAUUUCAUUCCAGGAGUUCACCAUUUUGGCUGCACUGAAGAUUACAGAUCCAAAUUAAGUGGAGACUGCUUUGCAGAUUUGGCCUGCCCUGAGAAAUGUCGCUGUGAAGGGACCACAGUGGACUGCUCCAAUCAGAAACUCAACAAAAUUCCUGAUCACAUCCCCCAGUACACAGCAGAGUUGCGACUAAAUAACAAUGAAUUUUCAGUCCUGGAAGCUACUGGAAUCUUUAAGAAACUUCCUCAGCUGCGUAAAAUAAACCUGAGCAAUAACAAGAUUACAGAUAUAGAAGAAGGAGCAUUUGAUGGAGCCUCUGGUGUGAAUGAACUCUUGCUCACAAGCAACCGCUUGGAAAGUGUUCAACACAAAAUGUUCAAAGGACUAGAAAGUCUCAAAACACUGAUGCUGAGGAGCAACAGGGUGAACUGUGUGGGAAACGACAGCUUCACAGGGCUGAGCUCUGUCCGCCUGCUCUCUCUGUAUGACAACCAGAUCACCACUGUGGCGCCCGGCUCCUUCGACACGCUGCAUUCGCUCUCUACACUAAACCUCUUGGCCAAUCCCUUCAACUGCAACUGCCAUCUCGCAUGGCUUGGAGACUGGCUAAGGAAGAAACGCAUUGUGACGGGGAACCCUCGCUGCCAAAAACCCUACUUCCUCAAAGAGAUUCCUAUCCAGGAUGUGGCAAUUCAGGAUUUUACAUGUGAUGAUGGAAAUGAUGACAAUAGCUGCUCUCCCCUGGCCCGCUGCCCUGCAGAAUGUACUUGUCUGGACACAGUAGUUCGCUGCAGCAACAAAGGUCUGAAAGCCUUGCCUAAAGGCAUCCCAAAAGAUGUAACUGAACUAUAUUUGGAUGGAAAUCAGUUUACCCUUGUUCCAAAAGAGCUUUCCAACUACAAGCAUUUAACACUCAUAGAUUUAAGUAACAACAGAAUCAGCACUCUUUCUAAUCAGAGCUUCAGCAACAUGACUCAGCUGCUCACCUUAAUUCUUAGUUACAACCGCCUAAGAUGUAUCCCUGCACGGACUUUCGAUGGGCUGAAAUCACUUAGGUUGUUGUCUUUACAUGGCAAUGAUAUUUCUGUUGUUCCUGAAGGAGCCUUUAAUGAUCUUUCAGCAUUAUCACACCUGGCUAUUGGAGCAAAUCCUCUUUAUUGUGAUUGUAACAUGCAGUGGCUAUCUGACUGGGUAAAAUCAGAAUACAAAGAACCUGGUAUUGCACGUUGUGCUGGUCCUGGAGAAAUGGCAGAUAAACUUCUUCUCACAACUCCUUCUAAGAAAUUUACUUGCCAAGAGAUUCCAGGGCCUUGUGGUUUUCUGAUACCAGGGCCUGUGGAUGUUAAUAUUCUUGCAAAGUGUAAUCCCUGUUUAUCAAAUCCGUGUAAAAAUGAUGGAACCUGCAAUAAUGAUCCAGUUGACUUCUACAGAUGUACAUGCCCAUAUGGUUUCAAGGGUCAAGACUGUGAUAUUCCCAUUCAUGCUUGCAUUAGUAACCCGUGCCACCAUGGUGGAACUUGUCACUUGAAAGAAGGAGAAAAAGAUGGUUUCUGGUGCACUUGUGCAGACGGAUUUGAAGGUGAAAACUGUGAAGUAAAUGUUGAUGACUGUGAAGACAAUGACUGUGAAAACAAUUCUACUUGUGUGGAUGGAAUUAAUAACUAUACUUGCCUUUGUCCACCUGAAUAUACAGCUGCUAAUCUGAAUGAAGUGGAAAAAGGUGAACUCUGUGAGGAGAAAUUAGAUUUCUGUGCCCAAAACCUGAAUCCUUGCCAGCAUGAUUCAAAGUGUAUCUUGACACCCAAAGGAUACAAAUGUGAUUGCACACCUGGAUAUGUAGGUGAGCAUUGUGAUAUUGACUUUGAUGACUGCCAAGACAACAAAUGCAAAAAUGGAGCGCAGUGCACUGACGCAGUUAAUGGAUAUACAUGCAUUUGUCCAGAAGGAUACAGUGGCUUGUUUUGUGAAUUUUCACCACCAAUGGUUCUACCUCGCACCAGCCCUUGUGAUAAUUAUGAAUGUCAAAAUGGAGCCCAGUGUAUCAUAAAAGAAAGUGAACCAAUUUGUCAGUGUUUAUCAGGCUACCAGGGUGAGAAAUGUGAAAAGUUGAUUAGUAUAAACUUCAUCAACAAAGAAUCCUAUCUGCAAAUCCCUUCAGCUAAGAUACGCCCCCAGACCAAUAUCACUCUACAGAUUGCCACAGAUGAAGACAGUGGGAUCCUGCUGUACAAAGGUGAUAAAGAUCAUAUAGCAGUGGAACUGUACCGGGGUAGAGUGAGGGUCAGCUAUGACACAGGAUCAUAUCCAGCCUCUGCUAUUUACAGUGUGGAAACAAUUAAUGAUGGCAAUUUCCACAUUGUGGAGCUACUAGCUAUGGAUCAGAUUCUAUCUUUAUCUAUUGAUGGAGGAAGUCCCAAGAUAAUUACCAAUUUGUCCAAGCAAUCCACUCUGAAUUUUGAUUCUCCGCUGUAUGUGGGAGGCAUGCCUGUGAAAAAUAACAUAGCAGCUUUACGCCAGUCCCCAGGGCAGAAUGGCACUAGCUUCCAUGGCUGCAUCCGUAAUCUAUAUAUCAACAGUGAACUCCAGGACUUCAGAAAUGUGCCACUGCAAGUGGGAAUUCUGCCAGGUUGUGAGCCUUGUCAUAAGAAAGUUUGUGUGCAUGGAACAUGCCAUGCUACCAGCCAGUCAGGCUUUUCCUGUGAGUGCGAAGGAGGAUGGACCGGACCACUCUGUGAUCAACAAACUAACGACCCAUGUCUUGGAAAUAAAUGUGUGCAUGGUACCUGCUUGCCGAUCAAUGCAUUUUCAUACAGUUGUAAAUGCCUGCAGGGACAUGGGGGAGUCCUCUGUGAUGAAGAGGAAAUGCUGUUUAACCCCUGCCAAUCCAUCAGGUGUAAACAUGGCAAAUGUAGGCUUUCAGGACUUGGGAAAGCAUAUUGCGAAUGCGGCAGCGGAUACACGGGGGACAGUUGUGAUAAAGAAAUCUCUUGUCGAGGGGAACGAGUCCGAGAUUACUACCAAAAGCAGCAAGGGUAUGCUGCGUGCCAGACGACCAAGAAGGUAUCGAGACUAGAAUGUAAAGGCGGGUGCUCAGCCGGGCAGUGCUGUGGGCCACUACGGAGCAAGAGACGGAAAUACUCCUUCGAAUGCACUGACGGGUCGUCAUUUGUGGACGAGGUUGAAAAAGUGGUGAAGUGUGGCUGUACAAGUUGUCCCUCCUAAGUGUCCCUGUCACACUUGUCUUUUGAAAAUGUUGUAUACUUAUUGACCGUGUCGGACUAAUUAAUGCUUCAUAGUGGAAAUAUUUGAAAUAUAUUGUAAAAUACAGAACAGACUUAUUUUUAUUAUGAGAAUAAAGACUUUUUCUUCAUUGAAAAAAAGAUUCAAGUGCUUGAACUGAGACUUCUCAUACCCAAGAGGAGCUUUGAAGAAAAAAAAAAAAGACCUGGUAACAUUGCAGCAGAGAUGGGAAACUUUAACUGCUUUUAACAUGGAUUCUUCUUUAUAACAUGCUGAAGAUACACUGACACUAUACACAUGUGACUUUCAACUUAACAUCUCAGAGAUGAAAUACUGACCAGAACACGAGGCUUGUUUUUUCACUUUCGUAUCAGUCUAUUUUAUUGUCUUGACAGGCCAUACCUAUGACAGUCACUUACCUAUGGAUGAGGAAGUUUUAUGAGAAAAAAGAAUCAGAUUACACAGAAAUAAUAAUUGCUUGAAACACAUUUUGUCUUUUGGAAUUAUUAAGCAUCUUGAGAAGAUGGGGUCUCAUUUAAUGAAUGGGAAAUGGGAGAUACAAGAAUAUACUAUAAUCCUGAAAUCUCCUUAUGAUGUGUACUUUUAUGUCAGCAUGUUAGCAAAAGAAGCAUAAAAAAUUGUUUAUCUUCCCUUUUACAGUAUUAAUUUUUUGUAAUAUAAAUGUUCUGGGGAUGAUAAAAUAGAUUAUUGAUGGAUAAAUUAGUAAUAAUAUGGAUUUCUGUUUCUGUGAGUUCUAAACAACUCUAUACAGUAUUGGGUUUCAUUGAGAAAUAUUUAUUGUAUCAAAGUACAUUGUACUUAACCCUUUUAGGCCACCCCUUUUACUGUUUUUCAAUGCUUUAAUAUAUAUUAAUUUAUAUUUGUCCCAGUAUUUUUGUAAUUUUUUUUAAAGGACUUAAAAAUCAGGAUUUUUUUGCAAUAGAACUAACGGUAGCAUGUCGUCUUGGGGUAAAUGUUUUCAGUCUGUUUUUAUCUUUCCGUUCCCUUUUACUUUUCCUUAGAAUCUGACCACUUGGUGUCACUGAAUAGAAAGUGGUGACAAUUUGCAGUUUCACGUAUAGCAGAUAUUCAGGACACCUUCCAAGAACCUGUAAUAUAUGACAGAAAAUGUCUUUACACUAGAUGGCAAUUGUAGAGAAGUUAAUUUUCCCUAUAUACAAUACUUACAGAAAAUAAGAUGGCGUGUAAAAAAUGAUAUUAGAAGAUAGAUCUUUAUAAAUUAAUAUUCCUAUGGAGCUCUUUACCUUUUUUAUAAAAAAGAAAAAAGGCUGUGCUAUCAAAAACUGUGAUUUUCCCCGAAUAAUAAAACUACUUUACUGCCCUAAUGUUCCCCAUGUUAACAUGUUGCUGCUAAAUUAUAAUGUAGAAUUGGUAAUCAAUAGUGGGUUGUGUUCUUCUUUCAGUAAAACCCAGGGUAUCCUGUAAAAAUGCAGAUGUUUUUUCAAUUUUAUUUUAUUAUUUUUUUUACAAAAAAAGUUAGAUGUACAUGUGUAAUGCAGUGUGCUUUGUCAUAUUUGGACUCAUAUCAGUAAUGCUACUGAUGUUUGUAAAUUAAACAGAUAUUUACUUCA